GUUUUCUCUUUUGUCUUUAGUGCACAAACCUAAAUUACUGUAAAAAAGGACCUGUUGUUCUCCUUGGGAGUGGUCUUGAUCCAGGUCAACAGCUGCUGUUAAGCAAAUUGGCCACAGUUAUGAAGGUUAGAAUAUGUACAGAAUUUAACAGUUCCGUGACACAUGUCGUUAUUCCUGCAUAUCCUGUGCGAACUACUAUGAAAUGCAUGUUGGCACUUUUAUCUGGAUGUUGGAUCUUGACAUUUAUGUGGGUAGAAGCCAGCUUGAGGAGUGGCACUUUUGAACAAGAAGAGAAAUAUGAAAUAGAUGGUGGUCCUCGACAAGGCCGCCUGAACACAGAACAGCUUUUGCCUAAACUUUUUGAUGGCUGCUACUUCUAUUUCCUGGGAAUAUUUAAAGAACACAAGAAAGAUGACCUCAAAGAACUGGUGAAAUCUGGAGGGGGACAGAUUCUCCUAAGGAAGCCUAAAUCAGAUAACGAUGUGACUCAGACAAUCAAUACAGUAGCCUAUCAUGCUGAGAUUACUUCGGACCAGAGUUUCUGUACACAAUAUAUAAUCUAUGAUGCCUCUUCUAACUACAAACCACAAAAAGUUCAUCAAGGAAAAGUUUGGGAAGUACCCUCCAGGUGGCUUAUUGACUGUGUGAUGUCAUUUCAACUGUUGCCUGUUAAAAAUGUUUUUCCUAGCAUUGUGAUAACAUAAAUGCUGAGAUUUAAAUUUUGCUGAAAUUUUAUUAAAAGAUACUGAAAUUAUGUACUGAAACAAAUAGAUACACUUACUUCUGGAGAGGAAGGUUGUAUAAAAUUGAGUUACUCCUCAAAUCUUAACAUGUAUAUUUUUAAAAAUAAUAAUUGAAGAUUCAGAUUCCCAAAAUCUAUUGAUUAUUGAUAUUAGCGGAGUUCUCCCUUUUUUUGUGUUCUGUAAACUAUAUUAAUUAUUAUUGGAUAUACUAAAAUUAUCAUUCUGUAUUGAGAUCUUACAAAAUCUCAGAAAGCUUGAUCAGUACCAUUCUGGUUACUGUGAUCUUAAUAUGAGCCUCAGCUCAUAUUAAUGAUUUUUUUCUCAUUUUCUACAUGGUGAAAUUAACAUUGUCACUGAAUUUGUUUUAAAAGAUUACUUAGAUGUAUAAUCAUGAAUUCUGUGCGUCUGUUGAAAGAUUCGUUCUUUAAUGUUUUUGUAUCACAAAUAAAUCACAUUCUGAAA